AUUGCCAUCGCCAUGGAGAAGACCAAAGAUCCCCAAGUGAUCAUGGGCAGGUACAGGCUCGGACGCCUUCUAGGACGUGGCAGCUUCGCCAAGGUUUACAAGGCCCAUAACGUUUCCACCGGCGAGGCCGUGGCAAUCAAGGUGUUCGACAAGGAGGGCGUGCGCAGGUCCGGCACGAUGGAGCAGGUGAAGCGCGAGGUGGACGUGAUGCGGCGGAUUCGUCACCCAAACGUCGUCCGCCUGCACGAGGUGAUGGCCACGCGCUCCAGGAUCUACUUCGUUAUGGAGUACGCGAGCGGCGGCGAGCUCCUCGCGCAUCUCGCCCGGAGCACGCGCUUCACGGAGCCCGUGGCGCGCCGCUACUUCCAGCAGCUGAUCACGGCGGUGGAGUUCUGCCACAGCCGCGGCGUGUACCACCGCGACCUCAAGCCCGAGAACCUCCUCCUCGACGCGCACGGCAACCUCAAGGUCUCCGACUUCGGGCUCAGCGCGCUUUCCGACGGCGCCUCACGCCUCCGCGGGGACGGGCUCUUGCACACUACGUGCGGCACGCCGGCGUACGUCGCUCCCGAGGUGAUCCAGAAGGGUGGCUACGACGGCGCAAAGGCGGACAUCUGGUCGUCCGGCGUGAUCCUCUUCGUGCUCCUCGCCGGCUACCUCCCUUUCAAAGACACCAACCUCGUGCGCCUGUACCAGAAGAUCGCGCGCAGCGACUACAAGUGCCCCGCGUGGUUCUCCGUGGACGCGCGCAAGAUCCUCGCCCGGCUGCUCGACCCGAACCCCAAGACACGGAUCACCGUCACCAAGCUCAUGGCCAGGACCUGGUUCCGGAAAGACCCCUGCCCCCUUGACGACAAGCCCCUCGUCACGAGGGAACCCGCCGUGUUCCUCGGCAACGAAGCCGAACCCCAUCACGACGAACACGAGGGCGCCCGGAAACGGAAAAGGUCCAAGGCGAUCGCGUCGUCGCCAACCAUCCGAGUGAGGCCCACGAGCAUGAACGCCUUCGACAUCAUCUCGAGGUCGAACGUGCUGGACCUGGCCAAGAUGUUCGACGUCCCGGAGCACAGGUCGGAGGCCCGGUUCUCAACCAAGGAGACCAUGACGACGAUCGUCUCCAAGCUGGGGAAGAUCGCGGAGGCGGGGAGGUUCAGCUUGAAGCUGAACAAGGACAAGGGGAGGGUCGAGCUGGAGGGGAGCCAGGACGGCCGGAACGGGGCGCUGGCAUUGGAGGCGGAGAUCUUUGAGGUGGCGCCGUCAGUGCACGUGGUGGAGAUGAGGAAGACGGGCGGCGACUCGCUGGAGUUCAGGGACUUCUACAAGCAGGAGCUGAAGCCGUCGCUGGGCGACAUCGUGUGGGCGUGGCAGGGAGGUGACUCGCCGCCGCCGCGGACGCACGCGCCGGCGGUGCCUAGGCCAAACACGUAG